GUUUACCAAAGUCCUGAGUCCGAAACAGGGGAGUGUUGAAGCGGGAGCCAAGACUGAUCGGCAACCAUAAAAUGUGGGCACUAGCCUUGCAUUGGACAUUCGGAGCGAUGUUCCCACGAAGAAAUAUGGCCAGACCGUGUAAAUACAGAUGCCACAAUUCGGAGGACCAGGAAGGCAGUUCGCUCGGCUUCAGCAUCGGUGCGCGAGGCACCCAGGGGAAGUGUUGAGGGAAGACCGAAGACCGAACAUAGGUAGGACGCUUUCUAGUUUGCAAUAUAAAGCAUAAGAAGGCCCUCCUCUUCUUCGGACUUCACUUGACAUCUCGAUUUCUCAGCUUCAUUAUACCCCCAACCACACCUUUUUCAUAAUCCAAUCACUUCACAAUGGGCUCCAUCGAACCAACAAAGCAAUCAGGCUUCGGGUCUCUUGAAGGGAAAGUGGCACUUGUCACUGGAUCCGGAAGAGGCAUUGGCCGUGGAAUUGCCCUUGAGCUUGCCAAACGUGGUGCAUCAGUCGUCAUCAACUACGCCAACUCCUCAAAACCAGCGCAAGAGGCAGUCAAAGACAUCGAAAGCACCGGAAGUAAGGCUGUCGCAAUUCAAGGAGACAUGACCAAAGUAGCGGAGGUCCGACGGGUAUUCAAGGACGCCAUCGAUCAUUUUGGACGACUGGAUAUCGUGAUGUCCAAUUCUGGUACCGAAAGCUUCAAAAAGGAGGAGGAUGUUACAGAGGAGGAUUAUGACAAGGUCUUUGCGCUGAACACAAGAGCCCAGUUCUUUGUCGCUCAAGAAGCGUUGAAGACACUGCAGCACGGCGGCAGGAUUAUCCUCAUGUCAUCGGUAGCUGCACAAAUGUCCGGAGUACCAAACCAUGCUCUCUAUGCUGGUAGCAAGGCCGCAGUAGAGGGUUUCGUUCGUUCCUUUUCGGUCGACUGUGGGGCCAAGAGGAUUACAGUGAAUGGGAUCGCGCCCGGUGGCGUCAAGACUGAUAUGUUUGAUGAAAAUUCAUGGCACUAUGUCCCUGGAGGAUUCAAAGGAAUGCCCAUAGAAACGAUCGAGGCAGGACUUGCAAACAUGUGCCCGUUGAAGAGAGUUGCUGUUCCAGCAGACAUCGGGCGAGUGGUAGCGUUUUUGGCAAGCUCGGAAGGCGAGUGGAUCAAUGGCCAAAUCAUCAAGCUCAGUGGUGGCUCCGUUGCGUAGAGGAGGAGAAGCUUCUGGGUGCUGACAUGGUUCAGUGUGGGACGGCAUGCAAUGUGGGAGUCGGGCCGCGGGAGGGCAAGCCGGUUGGGGAUGCGGGGAGAUGCAUGACAGGAGCACGGAAAUCACCCACACACCACAGGAACUGAUGAUGUGCGAUACUGUAACUGCAAGCAUGAUCUCCAGUCCCCACUGCUCUGCACUGCGCUGCUUACCGCAUGAAUGUUUGAUACUGUACGUACCG